AUGGCACACCAGCAUUUGAAAUCUGUGCAGCUCUUCUGCCUCCUAGGGGCCAUCUCCACUAUGCCUCGGGUUGGGGCUCUUUUGUGCUAUGAAGCAACAUCCUCACUCUUCAGAGCUGUUACCCUCCAUAACUGGAAGUGGCUUCUAUUGAGGAGCAUGGUGUGUAAGUUGAAUGAGGGCUGCGAGGAGACUCUGGUGCUCAUCGAGACAGGGACCAGAAAGGGAGUUGUAGGUUUUAAAGGCUGCAGCCCAAUUCCAUCUUACCCCCAGCAAGUCUCCUACCUCGUUUCACCACCUGGAGUGUCCAUUGCCUCCUACAGCCGUGUGUGCCGGACAUAUCUCUGCAACAACCUUACCAGCUUGGAUCCUUUCGUGCAACUCAAGGCCAACACUCCGCAGACUAUAGCAUAUUCUCCCCAGAGUUGCCCAACCUGUGUGGGUGGGCGCUCUACAGAUUGUUUGCCAAAUUUUGUCACCACUGAACCUUGUCCCUAUGAUGCAUCUAUGUGUUACAGUUCUACCUUAAAAUUUCAGGCAGGGUUUCUGAAUACCACCUUUCUCCUCAUGGGCUGUGCUUUUGAGCAGAACAAAAUUUUAACAAAAUUUCAGAAUAUUGGGAGUAUGAGAGUUACUGAGGUCAUCAACAUCUUAGAGAAGGCCCAGUUUGCUGGUGCACAGCCCUCCGCUUUGCGUCCUGCUUGGGCCAUCCUCUCAGGCCUCCUGCUUGCCUUCCGGCAUUGA